ACAUACUCAUUCCCAGGCUAAACAAAACGGAAACGGUGCAGGCCGGAAUCACGCAUUUGCUGGUUGGAACUCGUAGCGGUCGCACCAAUAACACAACUAAAACUUUUCCUCUGAUAACGCGCCAGGCGCUUCUUCAAGUGUUUUGUGACCUAUAAAAAGAACGAUAAGAAUAUAUUGGACUUAAAUUCGCCUUAAAUUACUUAAAUGGCUCCACAGUGAAACAAAACUUCCCCAACUGAUAAGCGGCAUGUUAGACAAUCAGUUGUGUUAAUGGAUGUUUUGACAUUCUGAUAAGGUAAACAUGUCUGCCAAUGGAAAUGGAGCUGGUGACAUUCUGGGUCCCGGGAUCGAGAUCGUUGCCCAACAGAAGCUGAAUCCACAGGCCAAAAUUUAUGACCGCCUGCAAAAAGUGCGAGCCUUUUUCAAGGAACAGUUUGGUGCAGAGCCUGAUUUCUUUGUUCGCGUGCCAGGACGGGUAAACAUUAUAGGCGAGCAUGUGGACUAUUGCGGCUACUCCGUGCUCCCCAUGGCCGUCACGCAAAGCAUUGUGCUGGCAGUGGGCAGUAAUCCCACAAAGCAUCAAUUGCAGCUGCGCAAUCUGGACCAGGCCCAUUUCCAGAACUUUGAGUGUGACUUGAAAAACCUCAGCGUUGAGCUGCCACUACCUGGGGGACCGGCAUGGUAUAAAUACUUCAUGUGCGGCGUCAGAGGCAUUGAAGAAAAGCUGGGCAGCAAGAAAUUUAGUCCCAUCGGAAUGCGCAUUGCAGUCGACGGAAAUGUUCCUCUGGCCGCUGGUCUGUCCAGUUCCAGUGCCAUGGUUAGCUCCUCUGUGCUGGCCACAGCGCAUGUCCAGGGCAUGCAGCUGGAUCGCAAGGAGCUGGCGUCCAUUUCGGCCAAGUGUGAGCAGUACAUUGGCACCCAUAGCGGAGGCAUGGACCAGGCCAUUGCCUACUUGGGCCGCGAAGGCUGUGCUCAUCACAUCGAAUUCCAUCCAAAGCUCAAUGGCACCCCGGUAACCCUACCGGCAGGCAAGUGCUUUGUGGUGGCCAACAGUUUGGCGCAGAAGAACAAGGCUGCCUCGUCCGACUACAAUGAGCGUGUGGUUGAGUGCCGCCUGGCAACGCGUUGGCUGGCCAGGCACAAGAAUCUAAGCAAUUGGCAGAGCAUCGUCCGGUUCAUUGACCUGGAGGAGGCCUGCGGCAUGGACAAUGAGACGUUUGAGAAUUUAAUUAAAGAGAAGCUGACUAAAUGGGUUUAUACGCGAGCCGAUAUCUGCCAGGAAUGGGGAAUCACAGAGCAGGAGCUGGAGACCAAGUUCCUCACGGCCAACACGCAGCACAUGCAGGAGUUUAAGCUGCGCCAGCGUGCCCUGCAUGUUAUUCAGGAAUCUGGACGCGUGGCCAAGUUCCGUAAGAUUUGUGAGCAGCUAGCGGAACGUAGCAGCGAGGAAGAUGUAAAGAAAUUGGGGCUGCUCAUGCGACAAUCUCACGAGAGUCUGCGCGAGCUCUAUGAAUGCUCCCAUCCAGAUGUGGAGCGUCUGAUUGCCAUAUCCGAAAAGCAGAAUGUCAGCGCUCGCGUUACAGGAGCCGGUUGGGGUGGCUGCAUUGUGGCCAUGUGCGAUUCCCAGGAGGAGGCUGAGGUGUACAUAAAGGCUUUAAAGCGGGACUACUAUGCUCAGUUGCCGCCCCAUCUCUUGGAGCGCCAUCAGCCAAAUGAUUUCAACGAGGUUGUGUUUGCCACACUCCCGGGCAAUGGGGCCGAGCUGUUUGUGCAGUGAUUCAUUGUGUCUCCCUCCUCUACAUCAGCAUCAGCUAUAUCCAGCAAAAUCUUUGUGUAAAAAGCCCUUUUAUGUGGAACUUUAUUAAGUUCCCCCCGGUGUCAAUCCACCCAAUCGAAAUUCAUAUUAAAAAUAAUGUUUUAUCUUUAUG